AUGUACGCGAAACUCGCUCUCUUCACCCUCUUAGUCGCCGUGGCCGUGGCAGUGCCAACACCUGGAGGCUUCGGUGGACACAAGCACGUGACCAUCCACGUACCGUACAAAGUGCGCACCAUCCACCAUCACCACGUCUCCAAAGUACCGGUGCCAAUCCACGUACCAGUGGUAAAGGAAGUGCCUGUGAUCAAGGAAGUGCCCAUCUUCAAGCACGUACCAGUCCCCGUGAUCCAGCACGUACCAUACCCGGUGAUCAAGAAGGAAUACAUAGAGAAGGAGGUGAUUGUGCCUGUCCAUCAUCAUGAAGAGCACAUCUCCCACGGAUGGGAGGGCGAGUCGUUGUCGCAUGGCUGGAACUGA